UGGCAUAUAUUAUAACAUCAAUGGAAUGAUGUAGUCCCUUAUCUGUAACACUUGAAAAGGAAAGAAUCUGAAGAGACAAUCUAAAGAAUAAAGAGCAACACAAAUUAUCUACCUUUUGUAGCCUCUCCCUCUAUUCGUUCUUUUUUCCCCCUUAUAACCACUGCCCAGCAAAAUAUUACAUAACCAAAAUACCAAAUUAACAAUUUUACGAAUCUUAACUAAUUAUUUCCCUAAGUAUAUUAAUCGGCUCAGAUUCAGACCAAUAAUAAUUACGGGCUUACCAGAGAGAGAGAGACUUCUUCACCUUCACAUCUCUCUCUCUCUCUCUCUCUCUCCUUCUCUGCAACAACAGCAACAGCAUCAAUGGGUUAUGUGGAAAGCCAUAAUCCAUCAUGGGUUCCGUAUGACUCCUACAGUGAUUGCUCCCAAGGAAUCUGCAACGUCUACUGCCCUCAGUGGUGCUACGUCAUCUUCAAUCCUCCUCCUUCCUUCUUCCUCGGCAAUACCGAUGACUCCUCCUCCGCCCAUUUCUCCCCUUUUCUCAUCGCUCUCGUCGGAAUCCUCUCCAUUGCCUUCAUUUUCGUCAGCUACUACACUCUCAUCUCCAAGUUCUGCCGCCGCCACGGAUUCUCAUCCCACACCGAUCGUGACAUCUCCUCCUUCCCCGCCGCCGCCGGAGACAACUGGCAGGGGUACGGUUCUCCGGAGGUUGCGGUGGAUGGUCUCGACGAGGCUCUGAUUAAAUCGAUUCAGGUUUACAAGUACAGGAAGAGCGAUGGACUCGUCGAUUGCUCUGCUUGCUCUGUUUGCCUGAGCGAAUUCCAGGAGGAUGAGAGCUUGAGGUUGCUGCCAAAAUGCAAUCACGCCUUUCAUGUCCCUUGCAUCGACACCUGGUUGAAAUCUCACUCAAACUGCCCUCUCUGCCGCGCCAAUCUCACCGCCGUUAACGCCACUACCCCCUCCGCCGACGUCACAGUAGCCGACCAACCGUCCGCCGGCCACCUGAUCGCCGUUGUUUCCGGCAAUCGCAGCGGAGGAAGCGUGGAGAUGGACAAUUCUACGGCUAAUCACCAACAACAGAACAGCGAUCCCGUGGUGGUUGUCAUCGAUCUGGAGUCCGUAUCUCGGAACGAGAAUAAUCGCGUCUCAUCACCGCCGAAACGGUCAGAGAGAGAGUCGAGGGAUGGUGUUAGGACGAGAGGAGAAGAAGAAACGCAGCAGAUUCAGAGAUCGGUGUCACUGAACUCAGGCAAUGUGGUUUUGAUCGCCGAUAUACUGCGGGAGACUGAAGACGAGGAGGAAGACGAAGAAUCCGGUGGUAUCGGAACUUCACGGCGGAGAGAGGAGGAGGAUGCCGGGAAGGCGGCGACGGCAAGUCAGAGAGACGGCGUUUCGAAUUUUCUGGCACGGAGUUCGAUGGCAAUGGAGAAGUUCCGUUUCAACGGGAUCCACCGUUUACCCAAUUAAGCGGUGAAAUUUAAGAGGGGAAAUGAAGGGAUUUUUAUUUUCAGGAAAAUGUAAAUAAAAGGGAGAAGAAAAAUAAAUUGGCUAAACUC